AAACGUGCCUAUCUUUCGGCUAAAUAUAUCUUCAGGGAGAACUUCAGGCUGUGCCACUCUCAUGAUGGUCACCAGUUGGUGCCAAGCUGGCUCUCUUGGAACUCUGACAUAGCCUUUCUAUAGAAGGAACAUGUUGGGCAAGGAGGAAGACCAGGAUUCACCGAUGUUGGUAGGAGAAAGCGAUGAUGAGGAAGCACCAGAUCUUGUUGAAGUGGGGAAUGCUGUAAGGGUGCCAGUGACCAUCCUCACAGGGUACCUUGGGGCUGGCAAAACCACCCUCCUCAACUACAUCCUCACACAAGAACACAAUAAGAAGAUUGCAGUCAUCCUCAAUGAAUUUGGAGAAGGCAGUUCUAUGGAGAAGAGUUUAAACAUCAGCCAAGACGGAGACCUGUUUGAGGAGUGGCUCGAACUGCGCAAUGGAUGUCUUUGCUGCUCAGUCAAAGACAACGGCGUGAAGGCGAUUGAGAACCUGAUGAGGAAGAGAGGAAAGUUCGACUACAUUCUCCUCGAAACCACAGGCCUCGCUGAUCCUGGACCCAUUGCGUCGCUCUUCUGGAUGGACAAACAAUUGGAGAGCGAAAUCUACCUCGAUGGUAAGUGUGACAGUGUGCAUGGAUUACAACUUGGUCGAUAG